UUUGUACGUCAUCAGUGAGAAACGACUCUAUGGACUACCCUUUGCUCGUUCCAAAUGGCACUUACACCUUUACUGCAAACAAUUGUGUCAAAUGCCAGUGCAAUGGUGCUAACAACUGGAUAUUGGAAUGUGAGCCAGCAAAUAUUAUUUUGCCAGUAGGGAAGCAGCAAACUUGUCCUCCUACACAAUGUGCAGGCACUUCUUUUGAUUUGGGUAACACCACUUUAGAUUCAAAUUGUAACCUGUCAAGAUGUGCAUAUGCUGGUUAUGAUGAUAGGAGGAUCUUUACUGCUCUCACCCAAGAGUCUACUUGUCCAGCUGGAAAUGGCAAUAACAGCAGCCCAUCAGGAAAUGGUUCGGCAGCUUUGAGAUGGAGCUUUCUUCUUGUUGUGUCUUUCGUUUCUCUUCAUCUUCUGAGUUGGUAAGAUAUGUAUCUGUAAAUUUACCACGGAGUUGAUAGGAUUUCCGAUUGUAUUUGUAGUACUUGUGAAGCUUGUAUAUCGUGAAUUCUCUUUUCUUGUUGUACGUCUCAUACUCUCAUUGACGGUUUGUUUAUGGAAGGAAGAAGAUUUUGGUUAAAA